CACACCGCGGAACUCUGGGAUACUGCGCCGCCAUCACCGAGUACAUCGCAGCAGACGACACUGAGUGAAGCUGUACGGCGGUCGCUUUUCCCGUCGACACCGUACAUCGCAAUGACGAUUUGUGCAAUAUUUGGCUGCCGCGCGAGAAGCAAGUGCAAAUCAAGUGAAAAAGGACCAGAGGCAGGAAUGUACUGUUUGCCGAAGGUGAUCGCAAAUCAGUGCGCCCGCACAAAAGAGCUGUCAGAGAAGCGGCGAAGCACAUGGCUGGCGCGCAUCAACAGGAAGGACCUGAAGACCCUGAACAACGUUCGUGUAUGCGGGCGUCACUUCAAAACAGGCAAGCCCGCUAAACUCUUCGAUGAGACGAAUCCCGACUGGGCGCCGAACAUCUUAUUGGGCCAUGGUUGCAUGGAGCAGACGCCGACGAAAUUUGCCCGGUACGAGCGCCGUAAAAUGCGGGCAGCGAAAAGCGCCGCUGUGGGCGACUCGUGCGAAGUUGUGUCACCCAGUACGUGCGACACCAUGGACCUGGACGCUGCAGACACGGAGGUUCCGAGUUCCACAGUCCCGAGUUCGCCAGUCAGCACUGCUUCACCAGGCUGCAGUUUUACCGCCGCCAACACAGCUUUCGCAGAUACGGCCACACAGACAGACGUGACUGCCGCGGACCUGAAGGCGCUGGAGGAGGAUAAUCAGCGUCUUACAUCAGAGCUACGGACACUAAGGAUUCAGAAAAGUGCACUUGAAAUUACCGAGCUGUCAUUGCGUGAAGACCCAGAGAAAGUCUCCUUUUACACUGGGCUUCCAAGUUUUGCUGUUCUCUUUUCUAUCUAUCAGCUACUAGAAGUGUCUGUUAAGCAUACUCCACAGCGCUGCCUUGGUAAGUUUCAAGAAUUCGUGGUGUUCUUGAUGAAACUGAAGUGGAACUUCCCAUUGCAGGACCUUGGAUAUCGCUUUAGGGUUUCCGAGUCAACAAUAAGUAGAGUAUUUGACAGAUGGCUACACACUGCUUUUUGGCGGCUGAAGGAAACUAUUGUGUGGCCUUCACGUGAUGAAAUUUGUAACACAAUGCCACAGGCAUUUUAUGACUCUUUCGGUAGAAAGGUAGCGCUGAUAAUUGACUGCUUUGAAAUUAAAAUUGAGCGACCGUCCUCUCUACAGCCAAGAUGCAAGACGUGGUCACAAUAUAAGUCAAGCAAUACCGCAAAAUACUUAAUAGGCAUCUGUCCACAGGGGAUAAUCACAUUCAUAUCAAAGGGCUGGGGAGGUCGAACAUCUGACAAACACAUAACCGAGAACUGUGGAGUUCUGGACAAGCUGUCACACGGUGAUGUCGUUCUCGCGGACAGAGGGUUUGAUAUUGCUGAUAGUUUAGGCUUGUACUGUGCCAAGUUGCACAUCCCUGCUUUUACAAAAGGGAAGAGGCAGCUGUCAGCUAUGGAGGUAGAAACCACAAGGAAGAUUGCAAAUGUCAGGAUACAUGUAGAAAGGGUCAUAGGUUUGGUACGAAACAAGUAUGUGAUAAUGAAAGCUGUUCAGCCAGUUCAUUUUGUGACACGUAAAGAAGGUGACAAUAUUGCCCUGUUGGACAAGGUAGUAACAGUGUGCUGUGCACUGACGAAUUUUUGUUCAUCUGUUGUGCCUGUGAAUGAUGAAUAGCUUUUUUUCUGGAUGCAAUUGAAUUGAUAUGCUCUUUACAUUCAGCAAAUUUGUUUUUAGUGCAUGCCUGAAAUUCUUUUUUUCCUGUGUAUUAAUGCAAUGUUUACAUGCAGCUGAAUUUUCGUGAAUGAGUAUUCAUAUUGUAUUGUUUACAUGCAGGGGACUUUUUCGAGUGAGUGUUUGCCUUUAUUUUUGAACAAUCUUUUACUAUGGCUAUGUAAAUGUUCGAAGUUUUGAAUAUAUUAAGAUAUGAUAUGUUUAUUCAAUGUUCUCAAAGAUUCAAUUCUGGUAUAACACUAUCAUGGACGACAGGUAUUGUUGCCGUCGACCUUGUUGUGACACUCGAGUUUCAUCCGAGUAGAUUGCAGAAAUAAACAGACCGACUUGGCUGGUGUACAGAUGCAUUUUAUUUUUGGACACCAGUUUACUGACUUUUUGCUAGUCAUUAGAUUCACUAGUCAUACACAGCUG